AGUUGGACAGAGUGCCAAAGAUGGAUUUCACUUGGAAAGAUCGGUGGGCGGUAAUCGCUUGCUUUUACUUAUGCCUGACGUUUGUGGUUGGUGACGGUUUAUAUUAUGACACAACCCUGUGUUAUGGGGAACCCGACUUCACAGGAUGCGAUUGGAGAGUUAUAAGAUGGUUCUUUAACCCAUCGACCAAGACUUGUUUCCUUUCACGCGUUUGCAGCGGUGGCUUCUGGUAUUUCAUGUCUUGUGCACACAACUGCAUUGAGCGUGGACCCAAAGAGAGGCUGGCGAGGAUAAAGGAAAUGAACCAGAAGUCUACAAUUGUAGUGCCAUUCAAUUCGUUCGCAUGGACGACAACAGUGACAUGGGAUCCAACUGUCAGUAUACCAAAAAAAAAUUAAAAAACCGAAAACACCACAAAAUGGUGGAAAAUUGUUUUCGAAUUGCCUUUGAGACGUUUAUUCAUACCUGAAAAAGUCGUCAAAUUAAUGCACCCAAAUAAAAUUUAAAAAAAUAUAUAUAAAAA